UCAAGUGCUAGUUGCCAAAAAUUUUUGUUUUAGUUACUAUCGGUACAUUGAACACUAAAAACGAUUCUAGCGGGAGUUACGCUUUCUAAACAAAAACUUUAAAAUUAUCUUUAGAUGUAUUCUAGUAAAUAUAGGUAUACAUAUACAUACAGUAAAUAGAUAUAGUAAAAAUUAUAAAAACGAUAUCCUCCAUAACGUAUACAUGCAUAUUAAUAUGCAUACUAGUGUUGCAAAUUGUAAUAUAUUCUGUAAUGUUUAUGGAAAGUUGUGUUUUAGUAAAGUAACACUAUACAAAUAAGAGUGGAAAGGGAAAAGCGCAUUUAAAAAAUCGGAAGGAAGAAUAAAAAAAAACAUAUCGCAUUAUACAUAUAUAUAUAAAUUAAAAUAUGCAUAAUUGUGUUUUACAUUGUAUGAUUGGAUGUAUUUACAUAUUAUGUGACAUUAAAUAUUAGCAUUUGAAGUGAGAAUUCUACUUGCAAAUAAAAUUUUUGUUCACUUUAUGAUGGAAAAACCUAACGUUUUAAAUAAGAAUGAAAUACAACGAAAUUUUUAUAACAAUUUUUUAUUAUAUAACGAAGGUUUUCAUUUAGAGGACACAUUCAGUAAUUCCACCAGAGAAAGACAAAACAGAAAAAAAAUAUCUGCGGAUAUAUUCCCCAUUGAGUAUUUGACACACUUAACAAACAAUACAAAUUCAACUAAUUUAGACAUUGAAUCACUUCAAUCCAACAAUAAAUAUCGUGAGCGAUCUAUAAACGAAUGGAUUAACGAUAUUGAAGAUGAAAUAAACAAUAACUCAGUUGAAAAUACUGCAACACCAUCACCGACAUUUUUUAAUAAUUCAUCUACCAAACAAACUGAACUUAUUGAGAAUGCUUUUAAAAAUGUUAACGAUAGUAUUAAAAACACAGAUAUAAAACAAAAUGUGAAGGAGACUUUAAAAUCGACCUUAAGUUAUGGUUAUACGACAAUUUUAAAUUUUUUAAAUAGCUUAGAAACGGCAACAUCAUACCCUACAUCAAAUAUUACAAAUAAUUUUAUUCAGAGUCUUCAUAAUAGUAGUUCGAACGUUACAAUAACUUCAUUUAAUGAAUUUAUGAAUUUGAAUCGUAGUUAUUAUCGUCAUUUGCCCCCAUCCUUAUUAAGCGGUCAUGAAUUUUUAGUAGGAAUCGAUUCCUAUGGCAGUCAAUUAAAUAAUAUUAAUUCAAUUAAUAACGAAAAUGAUGUUUCAAUUAUGAGUAAGAAUAAUAAUGAUUUUGGUGUUGUUGUAGGUAGUUAUAUAAAUUCAACAAUUGUGAAUAAUUUAAAUGAUUUUUUAUUAAAUAAUUCAACUGAUGAACAAUAUAUUAUUAAGCUACAUGAAACGAAUAAUGAAUUGGAUGAAAAUGAUGAAUUAUUUGCCCCAGGUGCCAAACGAGAUUUUGUUUUUGAUAGAACUGAUGUAAAAAUUAUUUUUAUAACUUUAUAUUCUUUGGUGUUUUGCUGUUGUUUUUUUGGAAAUCUUUUAGUAAUAUUAGUUGUAACAUUAUCAAGAAGACUACGUUCGAUAACGAAUUUUUUUCUGGCAAAUUUAGCUGUUGCAGACUUCUGUGUUGGUGUGUUUUGUGUCAUGCAAAAUUUGACAAUUUACUUAAUAGACAGUUGGGUUUUUGGAAAGUUUCUUUGUAAAAUGUAUCAAUUCGUUCACUCACUUAGUUAUACGGCGUCAAUUUUUAUUUUAGUUGUUAUAUGCAUGGAACGGUAUUUUGCUAUUAUACAUCCUAUUACAUGUAAACAAAUAUUAACACCAUCAAGGUUAAGAUUAGUAAUUUUGGGAGUUUGGAUAACAUCAGCGGUUUAUUCAACACCAAAGUUUAUAUUUAGUAAGACUAUAACUAAUAUUCAUACAAUAAAUGGAAUUGAAGAAGAUAUAUGCAUUUUGGAUAGGCAGAUGUUUAAUUCAGAAAUUUUAGAUUUAAUAAAUUUCGGAUUUUUGUAUGUUAUUCCGCUAUUAGUUAUGACGAUACUUUAUAGCAGAAUUGCAAUCGCUUUAUGGAAAAGUUCACGUGGUCUUGAAAGGCAUAUAGCAUUACAAAACACAUCUACUAGCUCACCAUCCUAUUCGGGAGCUUAUCUUUAUCGUAAACAAUGUAAUAUGAAAUUUGAAAAACAACAAAGAGUAACACCUGCAGGUGUUAGUGAAAGUCAGGUGUCAAUGGAAGCUGAAAGAGCUGUGGUUUCUACAUGGAAGAAACCAAAUAGUUUUCAUCAACGUCAUGGUACCCAAGUAGCUCAAAUCUCAAAUUCUACAAAUAAUGUUCUUCGAGCUAGACGUGGCGUCAUUAGAAUGCUAAUAAUUGUUGUUUUAACAUUCGCUUUAUGCAACCUUCCAUAUCAUGCAAGAAAAAUGUGGAUAUACUGGUCUGACACAUAUAAAGGAUAUUCAAACUUCAACGCUUUAUUUACUCCCUUAACAUUUUUAGCUACUUAUUUUAAUUCAGGUGUUAAUCCAUUAUUAUACGCAUUUUUGAGCAGGAAUUUUAGAAAAGGUAUGAGAGAAUUAAUAAUGUGUUCUUUUAAAAAAAACAAGAACAAAUCAUCUUCCAUGCAUCAACGAAUACCAUUGCAGGAAGUGGCAUCUGUUGUUCUUCAAGCAGUUAAUAUACCAUUAGGGAAACUCAACGCUGGAACAGAAAAUUUCGACCAACCAACAACAGUUAAAACAAUGCAGGUGAAAGCUUCAAAUAAUGACCUCCAGGGAAUUAGUGAAAUUUAGCAUAAACCAUAUUGCAAAAUAUUUUUUUGAUUCUUAAAAUAUUUUAAUGAUGAAAAUAUUUAUACAUGCGUAGGUAUAGUAAGAUAAAUUUUACUUUUAUAUUAUAUAUGUACUUUUAUAUUAAAAUUCAUUUUUUAAAAAAAAUUUUUAAAUUUAGAACAAUAAAAAGAAAAUAUAGCUUAAAUUAAUAAUUAUAUAAGAAAAAUUAA